AAUGCGGCAGCCUUGAAAAUUGGUUGCUUGCAUGCACCUGCCUGCCUGCCGUGCCAUGGACUCGCUACCACGGACAAGAGCAGCAAGCUACGGCGAUGGCACUGGCAAGCAGAAGCCACAUGUGCUCGUCGUGCCGUACCCAGCGCAGGGCCACCUGCUACCGCUUCUCGACCUGGUGGUGCUGCUCGCCGGACGGGGGCUCGCGCUCACCGUCGCCGUCACGCCAGGCAACGUACGGCUCCUCGCCGCAUUGCCGCCGUCCGUCGCCACUGUCGUGCUGCCGUUCCCAUCCGGGCCUUUUCUCCCGGCCGGAUGUGGCGAGAACACCAAGGACCUUCCGGCGGACCUCUUCCGGCCGUUCAUGGCGUCGCUGGUGGCCCUCUCGGCGCCGCUCCUCGCCUGGUGCAAGGCCCAGCCCCGUCCCGUCACGUCCAUUGUCUCCGAUCUGUUCAUGGGCUGGACGCGUCCGCUCGCCGACGAGCUCGGCGUGACGCACGUGGCCUUCUCGCCCACAAGCGUCCACUACCUCGCAUUCACUCGCUCCCUCUGGCGCCGCAUGCCGACGGGGCACGACGAAGACGGCGACGAGAGGGUGGUCUCCUUCCCGGAGCUGCCCGGCUCGCCUAACAUCCCAUGGCGCCGCCUGUCGUGGCUGUUCCGGAUGCAUGUGGUCGGCGAUGAGGUCUCCGAGACGAUCCGGCAGAUCCUGCUGUGGAGUCUCGAGAGCUCCUGCUUCGUGGUCAACUCGUUCGCGGCUCUCGAGGGCGGCUGCUUCACGGACGCGCUGGCGGCCAACCGGGUGUUCAUGGUGGGCCCGCUGUCGGAAGCCGCCGAUGUGCGUGGCGGCGAGGAGGAGCCCGCGGAGGUGUGCGCGUGGCUGGACGCGUUCGGCGACGGCUCCGUCGUGUACAUCAGCUUCGGGUCGCAGGAGGCGCUGUCGCCGGCUCAGGCGGCGUGCGUGGCCGAAGCUCUGAGGCUGAGCCCGACCGCCGCGUUCGUCUGGGUGGCGAGGAGCGGCACCGUCGUGCCCGAGGGGUUCGAGGCGGCCACGGCAUCGCGCGGGAGGGUGAUCCGGCGCUGGGCGCCGCAGCUGGACAUCCUGCGCCACCGCGCCGUUGGGUGGACGCUCACACACUGCGGCUCGAACUCGGUGAUGGAGUCGAUCGCCGCUGGCGUGGGGAUGCUCACGUGGCCGAUGGCCGCCGACCAGUUCACAAACGCGUGGCUGCUUGCGGAGACCGGCGUGGCCGUGCCGGUGGCGGAGGGCGCCGACACCGUGCCCGACGUCGGGAAGGUGGCAACCGCCAUCUCCACUGCUGUCGCGUCAAAAGAGGGGGAGUCCACGAGCAGGCGCGUGGUGGAGCUCGGUCGGAAGGCGGCAGCCGCGGUGGCAGUAGGGGGAACGUCGUACAAUGAUUUGGAAGAGUUGGUGUGUGCCCUAAGUGAUGUCCACGUGGCAUCAUCAUGCUCCGUUGAAUAGUUUGUUUUCCAUAAUCUAUGUAUAUAUUUCACACCGACCACAUCCUUCUCGGUUCCAAAUAAUUAAUGUAUCCAUCCACCUUGUUUUUCUUCA